AUGGACCGGACUCUCGCCAACUUUUUCACAGAGCGGCUCGCGACUCUCGUACCUUCGAGAGUACACCAUGGAAGGCAAGAGUACAAGUUCGUGAUCCUGGAUGAGAGUGUCAUGGACUUCUCCAUAGAUGUGGGCUAUGGUAGGAGACUGCUGUGUCGCGAGCUGCAUGGACGGGAGUUGGUCUGGAUGAAUGGUAAAAGGCCGAAUCCGAGGAAUGCCUGUGUUCAUUGGAUUACGGCUUUGGAGGCGAGGAGGUAUUCGAGCAUGGAGGACACGGCUGGGAGUUGUUUUACGUGGAAUGGCCGAUACUACCCCUCUUGGCUAGCGUGGGAGAGUCCAGAGAACGGAGGAAUGAGAGAUUGGCUAGACUGGAUGGAUCGUGACGAUCAAGAUACUGCUGGAGAAGAUGAGUAUGAGAACGACCUGGCUCGAAUCACGAUAGGCAAGCAAGACUACUUGGAUUUCGACCCCGGGACACUCGCAAAAGCAAGAAAUGCAGCUCGCGUUGUGUACUACACACGAUCCUGA